GGAGAAUGCUUUAAAAUUAGAUCCAUUACACCCAAAAGUAUGUUUCUUACGAGAAACGUUCCAAAAGAUGGUACGCUAUAGUUAUUAUGAAAGGAUUAAAUCUACUAUUCCAGAUGAAUUUUCAGCGAUCUUUCCAAUAGAACCAUCCACUAAUUUUAAAUAUGAAGACUCAGCCCAUCCUUUACAUAGUUUGGCCGAGACUUUAUUAGGGAAAAUUCGUAAGAGGGCUUCUACUGAAGACGUACAAACAUAUUUUAAAGAGAUGUUAUCACCGGAAUUGUCUGCAGAGGAUAAAGAGCAAACUAUGCGUGAUAUAUUUAUUCAAUGCGUGCUUAUGCAAGGAUGUAAGAGCUUCAGUCACGUGCUUAAUGUUAUUGAGAGAUAUUUAUCGAUUCUUCAAUCCUUAAAUGAGACGGCAGAAAAUAAAGUACAUACAGUUAAAAUUGUUGCGGAAUUUUGGAAGAACAACACUCAGUUUUUGGGUAUUCUUCUUGAUAAAUUAUUAAAUUACCGAGUCAUUGACGCCAGUUCUAUAAUAACUUGGUUAUUUACGGACGAGAUGGAAAAAGAAGUUUCCAAGUCGUAUAUGUGGGAAAUUAUGAAGAAUACUAUAAAUAAAGUUAUAUCACGAGUCAAGCAAGUUCAAUACAAACUUGAAAGUUUGAUGAAUCCACCAGCAGAUUCUGGCAUCAUUGAUAUCACGAGUGAUUUGGAUAAAAAAGUUAACGCUGACGAAUUGCGAAAUAUUGAAAAUACGCUGAAUAACGUUACUAGGGAACAAAAAGAAGUUUUGUUGACCUUGGUUAAUUUAUUUGUUGAGAUGCUUAAUAAUAAAUUGAAAGAAUAUAAAGAACAAGGAGUUCAAGAUCCCAUGUCUAAGCUCUGGUUCUGGUGGGCGUAUGGAUUUUUCAAAGAAAUUGGACGAACUUAUCAACCACAAAUAUCGACGUUUAUAGUGACGUUGGAAACCAUUGUUGUUGUUCCAAAUAUGGAUCCAACUAUUUCAAAUAUAAUUGAAAUGAUUAAAGCAUUUGGACGUGUGAAAGGUGCCUCUAUUGUUGAAGAUUUGUCAUAA